AUGGCUUUGUUAAUUCAUUUCAGGGUGAUUGAUUUUUCCAAUCCAUCGCAUCGUUUCAAAGUUGAAACGAAUGCCAACCAGCUCCUAAUGACCGGUCUCGUUGCACUUCACACCGAUUGCAAUGUUGUCGUCGUCGAGGGUGGACCCAAACAGCAGCGUAAAUUCGAGCGUUUGAUGUUACACCGCAUCAAGUGGCACGAGGGAAAACGGGGCACAACUUCAGCUACUGCGCGCGAGGAUGCUCCUAGAGGCUCAUCCGACUCGGGCUGUCAACUCGUUUGGAAAGGCACAGUGGCUCAGAGAGCUUUUGACAAGGUCCAGUUUCGGGCUUGCCCCACCGAGCUAUUCGCUCGUGAGCAAUUUCGCAAACGAGACGUGGAGCAUUACUGGGAUCUGGCUUACAGCAGUGCCAUCCUUGAAUCUGUGAAUAAUUGA